ACCAUUUAGGAAGUUACCAUGAGUUUUUUUUUUAUUGUGAAGACCAAAGGAUGAAAGUGAAGAACUAGCUGUAAUUAAUUGCUGAAUUUUUUAAAGGUGUCAUGUUAGACUAACAUAAAAAGGUCGUUUUCUUAUGAAUUUGCACAUUUUAUGGAAAUUACAGGUGGCUAAAAUUUUAUUCUUUUCUGUAACUACGCAGAAGUUGAUUUGUAUUGGACUUUUUCUCUUAGACUGGAAGUCUUGACCACAUAGGAAACUUCUGAUAGUAAGGGCCUCCAAAUGUCAGCAUCAUCUUUUAAAUGGUUAUGUAUUUGUGAUCUUUUUGAGUCAUUGUUUCUUUCUAUCAUCUAUAUGUCCUGGUAGAGCUCCGAACGAUACUUGCACCCCCAAAUUCUUAGCAGAUAUAUGGAAAUAUCAGAUUCCAUGAAUAAUCUUAUGUCUUUGUAUCUUCGUUUGUGUAUAGCUUGUUUGUGGUUGAACGUUUAUGCUCUCACUGAUGAUAUGGAAGCAUCGCAGUCUCUUAGAGAUGGUGAGACGCUGGUAUCGAAUGGAGGAAAAUUCGAGCUGGGGUUUUUCAGUCCAGGUCGUUCCAAGGACAGGUACUUGGGUAUUUGGUACAAGAAUAUUCCUGUUACAACAGUUGUUUGGGUUGCAAAUAGGCAAAACCCCAUUAAAGAUUGGUCUGGCUUAUUGGUGAUCAAUAACACAAGCGGUCUUGUACUUUCAAAUAGAUCUAAUGCUGUGGUUUGGUCAAUAAGUUCGGCAAGGAUGGCUCAGGAUCCAUUGUUGCAACUUCUUGAUCAUGGAAAUCUUGUUGUAAGAGAUAUGAGAGAUGAAAAUGCUGAUAAUUACUUGUGGCAGAGUUUUGAUUAUCCAUCUGAUACAUUGCUCCCAGGUAUGAAGUUAGGAUGGGACUUGAGAACUCGUCUUAAUAGGCGUAUAAUAUCAUGGAAGAGUUCUGAUGAUCCGGGUCCUGGAGAAUUAAGCAGUGGUGUGGAACUUGAUGCAUAUCCAGAGUUAACGAUGAAUAGAGGCACCAGAAAGUUUUUCCGAGGGGGUCCAUGGAAUGGUCUGGGAUUUAGUGGUGCUCCUGAAUUGAAAAAGAAUCCUGUUUUUGAGUUCAAUUUUGUAUCUAACAAGGAGGAGGUUUACUAUGUCUAUCGACUCCUGAAUACAUCAGUGAUUACAAGGCUUGUUUUGAAUCAGACAGCCAUGGCUCGCCAGCGGUAUGUAUGGGUUGAAACAGAGAUGUCUUGGAAGCUAUAUUCUUCAGUACCACGUGACUACUGUGACACUUACAGUUUAUGUGGUGCUAAUGGAUUGUGCGUCAUCAGUGACUCACCUGUUUGCCAAUGUUUAGAAGGUUUCAAGCCAAAGUUUGACAGUAGCUGGAAUUCUAUGGACUGGUCACAAGGAUGCAUCCGAGAGGAGCCUUUAGACUGCGCAAGAAAGCAUGAUUUCAUCAGAAUUUCGGGUGUGAAACUUCCAGAUACUACACAUACAUGGGUAAAUGGAAGCAUGAAUCUGAGAAAAUGCAAGGAGACAUGCUUGAAGAAUUGCUCUUGUAUGGCUUACUCAAACUCGGAUAUUAGUGGACGAGGGAACGGAUGUGUCCUUUGGUUUGGAGAUCUAAUUGAUAUUAGAAUGUUUUUCGAUGGUGGGCAGGAUUUCUAUAUACGGGUGCCAUCUUCGAAGCAAGCAAACAGGUCACGGCUGGUAAUAUCUGUGGUUGUGGUUCCUAUAUGUGUAUUGCUUCUUCUCAUUUGCUAUCUUCUCAGAGGAAGGAUGAAAGGAAAAGACAAAAAUGAAGGACAAGUUGGUCCCGGUGCUGUUGCUGAAAGAGAAGAUCUGGGCCUACCCUUACUUGACUUGGCCACAGUAGCCCGGGCCACUAGAGAUUUCUCAGUGGACAAUCAGCUUGGUGAAGGUGGGUUUGGACCGGUUUACAAGGGUGUACUGAUGGAUGGGCAAAAUAUUGCUGUUAAAAGGCUUUCUAAGAGUUCUGGACAAGGGCUAAACGAGUUCAAAAAUGAAGUGAAACUGAUAGCUAAACUUCAGCACAGAAAUCUUGUGAGGCUUCUUGCUUGCUGCAUUGAAGAGGAUGAGAAAAUAUUGAUUUAUGAAUACAUGCGCAACGGAAGUUUGGACUCAUCUAUAUAUGAUCAAUCAAGAGGGUCACGAUUAGGUUGGUCCCAGUGUUUCAACAUCAUAUGUGGCAUUGCUCGGGGUCUUCUUUACCUUCACCAGGAUUCAAGAUUGAGAAUUAUCCACAGAGAUCUCAAGGCUAGUAAUGUAUUACUAGAUGAUGCUUUGAACCCGAAGAUUUCUGACUUCGGGAUGGCUAGACCUUUUGGCGGUGAUCAAAGUCAAGCCAACACCAGAAGAAUAGUCGGUACAUAUGGCUAUAUGGCACCAGAAUACGCCUUAUAUGGUUUGUUCUCGGUGAAAUCUGAUGUUUUUAGUUUUGGCAUUCUACUCUUGGAGAUUGUGAGUGGAAAAAAGAACACCACGAGAUUGGACAAUCCACAUAACCACAGCAAUCUAAUCGGAUAUGUAUGGCAAAUGUGGAGAGAAGGCAGGACGCUGGAAGUGAUUGGUCCUCUGUUGGAUGAUGCGCUCGUUAAACAUGAGGUGAUGCGGUGCAUCCAUGUAGGUCUCCUGUGCAUCCAACAGAAUCCAGAUGAUAGACCAAAUAUUGCGACAGUGGUGCUAAUGUUGAAUGGAGAGAGUAUGCUACCCCAGCCGAAGGAGCCUGCUUUUCUCAUAGAUGUGAUUCAAACUGAAGCAUGUUCGUCGAAUGCAUCACAUUCGGUCAAUGAUAUUACCAUCACCAUGAUGGAGGGUCUUAGCUUGAGCUUCGAAAGAUACUUGCCCCCCCAAAUUCUUAGCAGAUAUAAGGAAAUAUCAGAAUCCAUGAAUAAUCUUUUGACUUUGUAUCUUCGUUUGUGUAUAGCUUGUUUGUGGUUGAACGUUUAUGCUCUCACUGAUGGUAUGAAAGCAUUGCAGUCUCUUAGAGAUGGUGAGACGCUGGUAUCGAAUGGAGGAAAAUUCGAGCUGGGGUUUUUCAGUCCAGGUCGUUCCAAGGACAGGUACUUGGGUAUUUGGUACAAGAAUAUUCCUGUUAGAACUGUUUUUUGGGUUGCGAAUAGGCAAAACCCUAUUAAAGAUUCGUCUGGCUUAUUGGUAAUCAAUAACACAAGCGGUCUUGUACUUUCGAAUAGAUCUAAUGUUGUGGUUUGGUCGGCAAGUUUGGCAAGGAUGGCUCAGGAUCCAUUGUUGCAACUUCUUGAUCUUGGAAAUCUUGUUGUAAGAGAUACGAAAGAUGAUAGUGCAAAUAAUUACUUGUGGCAGAGUUUUGAUUAUCCAUCUGAUACAAUGAUGCCAGGUAUGAAGUUAGGAUGGGACUUGAGAACUCGUCUUAACAGGCGUAUUAUUGCGUGGAAGAGUUCUGAUGAUCCGGCUCCUGGAGAAUUUAGCAGUGGUGUGGAACUUGAUGCGUAUCCACAGUUAGUGAUGUAUAAAGGCACCAGAGUGUUUUACCGAGGGGGUCCAUGGAAUGGCCUGAGAUUUAGUGGUGCUCUUGCAAUGAAAAAGAAUCCUGUUUACGAGUUCAAGUUUGUAUCUAACAAGGAAGAGGUUUACUAUGCCUUUCAACUCCUGAAUACAUCUGUGAUUACAAGGCUUGUUGUGAAUGAGACCGCCAUGGCUCGCCAGCGGUAUGUAUGGGUUGAAACAGAGAUGUCUUGGAAGCUGUAUUCUUCAGUACCACGUGACCACUGUGACACUUACAGUUUAUGUGGUGCUAAUGGAUUGUGUGUCAUUAGCGACUCACCUCCUUGCCAAUGUUUAGAUGGUUUCAAGCCGAAGUUUGGCAGUAGCUGGAAUUCUAUGGACUGGUCACAAGGAUGCAUCCGAGAGGAGCCUUUAGACUGCGCAAGAAAGCAUGAUUUCAUCAGAAUUUCGGGUGUGAAACUUCCAGAUACUACACAUACAUGGGUAAAUGGAAGCAUGAAUCUGAGAAAAUGCAAGGAGACAUGCUUGAAGAAUUGCUCUUGUAUGGCUUACUCAAACUCGGAUAUUAGUGGACGAGGGAACGGAUGUGUCCUUUGGUUUGGAGAUCUAAUUGAUAUUAGAAAGCUUUCCGAUGGUGGGCAGGAUCUCCAUAUGCGGGUGCCAUCUUCAAAGCAAGCAAACAGGUUGCGGCUGGUAAUAUCUGUGGUUGUGGUUCCUAUAUGUGUAUUGCUUCUUCUUACUUGCUAUCUUUUGAGAGGAAGGAUGAAAGGAAAAGAGAAAAAUGAAGGUCAAGUUGGUCGCGGUGCUGUUGCUGAAAGAGAAGAUCUGGGCCUACCCUUACUUGACUUGGCCACAGUAGCCCAGGCCACUGGAGAUUUCUCAGUGGACAAUCAGCUUGGUGAAGGUGGAUUUGGACCCGUUUACAAGGGUGUACUGAUGGAUGGGAAAGAUAUUGCUGUAAAAAGGCUUUCUAAGAGUUCAGGACAAGGGCUAAACGAGUUCAAAAACGAAGUAAAACUGAUUGCUAAACUUCAGCACAGAAAUCUUGUGAGGCUUCUUGCUUGCUGCAUUGAAGAGGACGAGAAAAUAUUGAUCUAUGAAUACAUGUGCAACGGAAGUUUGGACUCAUCUAUCUUUGAUCAAUCAAGAGGGCCCUCACUAUUAGAUUGGUCCCAGCGUUUCAACAUCAUAUGUGGCAUUGCUCGGGGUCUUCUUUACCUUCACCAGGAUUCGAGAUUGAGAAUCAUCCAUAGAGAUCUCAAGGCUAGUAAUGUAUUACUAGAUGAUGCACUGAACCCGAAGAUUUCUGACUUCGGGAUGGCUAGACCUUUUGGUGGAGAUCUAAAUCAAGCCAAAACCAAAAGAAUAGUUGGUACAUAUGGCUAUAUGGCACCAGAAUACGCCUUAUAUGGUUUGUUCUCGGUGAAAUCUGAUGUCUUUAGUUUUGGGAUUCUGCUCUUGGAGAUUGUGAGUGGAAAAAAGAACACUACGAGAUUGGACAAUCCACAUAAGCACAGCAAUCUAAUAGGAUAUGUAUGGCAAAUGUGGAGAGAAGGCAGGGCGCUGGAAGUGAUUGGUCCUCUGUUGGAUGAUGCGCUCGUUAAACAUGAGGUGAUGCGGUGCAUCCAUGUAGGUCUCCUGUGCAUCCAGCAGAAUCCAGAUGAUAGACCAAAUAUGUCGACGGUGGUGCUGAUGUUGAAUGGAGAGAGUACGCUACCCCAGCCGAAGGAGCCUGCUUUUCUCAUAGAUGUAAUUCCAAGUGCAUGCUCGUCGUCCUCCACGAAUGCGUCAGCAUCACAUUCGGUCAAUGAUAUAACCAUCACAAUGAUGGAGGGUCGUUGAGUUUAUUCGUAGAGCUUGGUUAUUUCUUUUAGGCCAUAGAUGUGAUCGGUACAUUGUUUUGUAGGCAACUUGAAUCUGCUAAUCCUAGUACCUUAUGUUCUUGUUAAUGGAAUAUAUUUCAUUCUUGGAUGUACAUGACAUGACCCAUAAAAGUUUUAGUUAAGGUUUAGCGUGUUUAUGGCAGAAA